AUGGCGCGCUCGCCCACUCUCCUGGCUGUUGCGGCGGUGCUUUCGAUGCUCCUUGGAGGCGCCGCGGCCAAGACGGUGUGCGCGGUGGACCUAAAAUUCAUCACAGGUCCCAAGACUGCCGCCUUGGCGGUUGGCGGGAAGGUCAUCAAGCCUGCCAAGGUCGGCAUCAAGCCUGUCACGGUUGCAGGCGUGGCCGGCAGCGCCACAGUCGUGUUUGACGGCGCCUGCCCCACUGCCGGCGGCCUGGCCGCGGCCCUGCUGUCCGCAAGCCUCUCUCCGGUGACCCCCAAAUCUGGCAUCCGCACCGGGCUCAUGGAGUCGCGCAUCUGGAGCAUUGCCAAGGUCGACUGCAAUGACUUCCAGGCCGUCUUUGAGUCCACCGGCCCCGUGAACCCGAAGGACGGCACGAUUCCAUUCAACGUCCGCGCGACGUCGGGCACCGUCAACAUCACCAGGAUCAAGACGGGCCGCGUGCGCACCGCGCAGCUCGCGCCCGAGGUCAUGACCGGCGCCGGCUGCAGGCUCACCGCCGACCCCGCGGCCGCCGGGCAGAUACGGCUGGACUGCCCCAACGCCGAGCUCACGCGGCGCAUAGAGACCGAGGGCAUCGCUGCAGACAUCGCGGUCAAGGGCCCGCUGACCGCGCUCGGGACGCUGGCUUCCGCGAAGAUACUGAAUGUCUGA